AUGAAAUUAAAUAAUAAAGAAGAAGUGGAAAAGGCAGUUAAAUCUAACACCGGAAAAUUGGUUUUGCUGGUUUUGGAAGAAGAUGAGCCUUCCAGUAAGCAAUUAAUGGAAGUUUCGCUAAAUUUAUCAAAGGAUUUUAGUGAAAUUGUCUUUAAAUGUGUAAAUUCUGAUCUAGUUGGAGAUUUAUACACCUUAAAAUGCCUUCCAACUGUUUUAUUUUUUGAGAAUUCCUCCCUUUUGAACUCUCUCGAGGGUUGUAGUACUUCAGUUCUGGUCAGUUUCGUAAGGGGCUGGGCUGCCAAUUCUAAUGAAAGUACUGUGGAUAAGAUUGAGAGGCUGUUGCGGGAACACCCUGUUCUUCUUUUUAUGAAGGGCGAUAAGGCUGAGCCAUUCUGUCGAUUCAGCAGAGCUGUUGUAAACAUGCUCAACAGCUCAGGAGUCAAAUUUGAGGGCUAUAAUAUAUUCGAUGACCCUAAACUAAGGGAGGAACUAAAAGCAUACUCUAACUGGCCCACAUACCCCCAACUUUACGUCAAUGGAAAUCUGAUAGGUGGCCAUGAUAUUAUUAAGGAACUUUACGAAACUAAUAGUUUAAGAAAGGAAAUUCCCGCUGAAUAUUUAACUUAA